ACUGACUAAGAGAGAGUACCGCAGUGCCGGAUCAGGGUCCUCCCCAGACUCCACUCCCUGAUCCAAAGGAGUUGAUCUGCUCUUUUCAACCCUAUAUGCUUCAUUGACUCAAGGACUAACCUUAUUGGUUGACGAGCAUUACUAGACUAUUCUGAUGAAAUGUAAUCCAAACCAUUCAUGCACUCCUUGCUCUAAAUAUGCAUGUUUUACUUUAUAUUUUAUAUGGCACUGUCUGGCUGCAUUCCCCUCACUGUUUCACUGGGGCGUGGAACUUUUUGCGACAGUAUGUGAAACCCACCCCAUCUCAGGGCAAAUUCUUGGGCAGGGCAGUCAUUUCACACGUCCAUAGUUAUUACAGCAGCAGCAGGUCCACCCCAACUGCCCAGCUGCAGUCUCUGGGAGUGUAGUGGAGCUCAGGCACCAUGGAGGCUGUGCGGCCGGGCAGUGCAGUGAGGAGGGAGCCCCACACCUGCCCUGUGUGCUUCAGAGAGUUUGACCAGCAUUGCUGCCUGCCCUGCACCCUGCCCUGCCAGCACACAUUCUGUCACGAGUGUCUGCUGCACCCGAGCUUGGCGCCGGGGGGGCGAGUUCGCUGUCCCCUGUGCCGGAGCCUCUCCUGGACACACAGCACCUUGAUCAGAAAGACCGCCGGGCACCUGUGGGGGGGACCAGUGAGACUACAGCCUAUGGAGGAGGAGGUGGAAGAGGAGGGAGGGACACUGUCCUCAGAUCCCAGCCCCAGCCCUGGAGAGAUCCCAAGCCCGCCCCUCCUGGUUUCAGGUCUGAGCCUCGCUGUAGGGGUCCAGAACUCUCCAGAUCUGCGCUGCCCCCUCUGCUCCCAGCACCUCCACCUCACCCCCGGCUGGCCGCGCACACUGGACUGCACCCACACGCUCUGCGAGGGCUGCCUGACUCGCCUCCUCUCCUCCUCCCCCGGCCGCUGGGUCCGCUUCCUCUACUGCCCCGCCUGCAGCGGACAAUCAGCUGUGUUCUUGCAGAGCCGCGCCCCGCCGCCACUCCUAGGCGUCUGGGAUCACAUCCUGCCCCCUUCCUCUCCAGGACUGGACCCCGCACGCAUCGACGCUCCUGGGAACAUUACCAGACCGGAGCCAGGUGCACGGGGAGAUUCCCAGGACACCGCGGAGAGCCCGUGCUGCAGGUACACAGCUUCCUGUGUGCUGCUAUAGUGGAGCUGCUUUUCAUACCCCGC